AUGCUACUUUUGAUAUUAAGCGACUCGCAUAUUCCCGAUCGUGCACUUGACCUUCCAUCUAAAUUUAAGAAGCUGUUAAGCGUACCUAAUAAAAUUGGACAGGUUUUACUGCUGGGUAACUCAACAAGGUCAUACCAGUUUUUGAAGUUUGUUAAUGAAAUUUCUAAUAAUGUUGUCAUAGUUCGUGGUGAAUUCGAUAAUGCUAUGAUAUCUACGACGCAGAACUUAAAAGAGGAAAUCCCUAUGAAUACAAUUAUUAAACAGGGUGAUUUCAAAAUUGGGUGCUGUAAUGGAUAUACAUUAGUUCCAAAGAGCGAUCCUUUAGCGCUUCUAACUCUCGCUCGACAGCUAGACGUAGAUAUUAUGUUAUGGGGUGGAACACACAGUGUAGAAGCUUAUACUUUGGAGGGGAAAUUCUUUAUUAACCCUGGUUCAUGUACUGGCUCUUAUAGUACAGAUUGGCCGAUCCAGCUGGAUUCAGUGCAAGGUGUGAAGAAAUUAAUUGGACAAUCGGGUAACUGUAAAUCUGGAGGUGACGCUGUUACUGAAUCUGCGGCCCCUAACCUGGGUUCUGCAAAAAGAGCAGAAGAUACACGUCAUAGUCCAGUGCGGACCGAGAAAGAAGAUGUUAAACCGAAUGAUAGAAAUGACAGUCAUAUUAAGGGACAAAAGCAUGAUGAAUCUCAAAAAGAAACUGCAACGACCGAAGAUGAAGAUGAAAAUUCAGAAAACGAUGAGGAAAUUGAUGAAGUGGAUGUGAAUGGUGGGUGCAUUCCCAGCUUCUGUCUACUGGAUAUUUCGGGUGACACUUGCACCCUUUAUAUCUAUACAUACGUAAACGACGAGGUCAAGGUUGACAAAGUAGUGUAUAAGAAGGAUUAG